AUGCCCAGAGGCAUCAGAAAUCCGAACGUGUACCUGAAUGAAAAGACCGGAUGUCGGGUGUGCUGGAAACCUGCGUCUGGGAGAAACUAUGGGGUUCUCUCGUGCUCUGCCUGUAAAAUGUUCUUUCGUCGAGUAUCUGUGGAAAGUUUGGAAUACAAUUGUAGACAAUCAAAAAAUUGCUACGACAACUUAAUAAUAUUUCCCAAAUGCAAGUAUUGCCGUUUUCAAAAAUGCUUGCGAAUGGGAAUGCAAUUAAUUCCUGACCCACGACCUAUGUUACCUGAUCAAUUGGAUAAAUUGAACGCAAUUGUGAAGGGAAUGAUAAUUAUGGAAGAGGACCGAUAUAGGUCUCUGACUCGCACGUAUUCACUUGUGGAUCCAACUUUGGAGGAUGUUCUGCGUGAUAGAUCAUCAAUGAAACUGAUAGUAAAGACAAGUGACGUAAAGGUUGGUGCUCAUGAAUGGGCUUUUCUCGAUGUCUUCUCCUGGAUUCAGCUUGUUUCUCAAUGUGAUUUCUUCACCAAGCUCGAUUUUUAUGAUCAAAGAGCUCUGUUCUCCUCCAAUUAUCUACCAAUAGCAUUACUGACCGGAGCAAUGGUCACGAUGAGCAAUGGACGGGAUAUUUUGCUGACUCCACAUGGAGAAGACGUCUAUCCAGAUGAAGUUCGGGAGCUAUUCACAGGGAAUCCAGAAAUCUUGGAUAGCAUUUGCACUACACUGGUUGGCACACUGAUCAAGUUGAGAGUUACAAAAGAAGAAUGUCUCUUCCUCACAUAUGUUUUUCUUUGUAACCCAGCUCUCUGCACCGUGUCCAACGAGGCUCAAAAGACCUUGAAAUCCUUCCAAGAAGAGCUCACAUCACGACUGUUUGCUUAUUGCCAAAUGACGUAUCAAAAAGCUGCUCCAACUCGUUUCUUGGAACUUUUGUCAAUUUUCAAUGUCAUGAACAAAACGAACAGCGACCUACAGUACGUCAGUAUGAUGUUUCAACUGGGAUCUCCUGGAUUUGGAUUCAAGAAGCUGGUGUACGACGUUUUUGUGCAACCUGGAAUCUCAAGUUGA